AAAAAAAAAAAGGCAAAUGCAUUUCGUUGGCUAACAUUAAAGUUUUUACAAAGUUUCAUUGUAAUACAGAAAAUAAACUCUUGGUGUACCCCUGUAGGAUUACACAGAAGAAAACCAACCAUUCGAUGCCUUUCUUCUUCCAUUCCCAAUCAGAAGGUUAUUUCUGACCCAUUGAAAUAUUAUCUACAAAGAAGAUGAGAGCCUCCUGCAGCAGUCUCGAGUGGUCUGAGAGCUGAACCCAGGUUUGAGGCCUAUCUCCAGGUGGUCCUGAAUAUCCGUGCAUCCCGGGACCUUGUUAGGAUGAACUCACCAGAGGCGUCCUGGGUUGCUCAACGCAGAGACUCUUACCCAGGGUGUCAGCCUCUGAAAGAUACACGUGCCUGGGCCUCUUCCCUGAAGAUGGACCCAGCAGGUCUGGAGGGAGGGCCCUGUGAUGCACCCUGUGAUGAGCCGCUGAUCCAAGCCGCGUGGAACCUCAGCGGGGGUGUGAGCUAUCAGGAACCUGCCGCUGGACAGCAGCGACCAGGAGAAUACGGGUUCUGUGCAUCCGACGGCGGGGACCAAGCAGAAGAGAAAAACCCUUCACCUCUUAUUUCAGAUACCCUAUCAUCUUUACUUUGUUGGAGAGGAGCUGUAAUAGUCUAUGUUAAAGUUACUGUUCAGACAAAGGAUUCCAACAAAUUGCUUUCACUACUUUAUUGGUAAUUUUAAGAACUACGAGGAACUUAGUUGUUUUUUUCUGGAAGAAAACUGGAAUUAAAAUCAUUGAUCCUUUAGAGAAAUAGAACAAAGGAGAAGGGAGUGUACAAAAUAAAUAAGAAAAGAAUUCUUAGCAUACUUUCCUUUCCUGUAUUCUCACUGAGAAAUAAAAAGUAAAUGGGAUAUUGAGAAGCAAAAUUAAUCCUGAUUAGGCUCGCUUUGGGACAAGCAACCACUUUGCACGAUUACCCAUUGUUAGGCGUGAAACUGAGCCGAUGAUCGCUCAUUGUUGAGGAGAAAAGACCUGGAGACCACGCUCAUCCAGUCUCGCUCCUGACCUGCAUCUGAACACCUGAAGGAAGAAACUUUAAGAAGAAAAAGACUUCAAGUGACAGAGGAGACAAAAGUCUCAAAGGUGCAGAAUUCAAGAAGCAUAGCGUCUCAGGAUGGGUGUGAAAGUGACAAAUAGGAGAUCCCCUGACAGCUAAACCCAGGCACGUCCUGGAAUCCCGGGAUGCGGUGCAAGUUUUCAUGGCAGAGCUCACACCAGCAUUGUGUGGAAGAUUAAAUGUUGUUAUGCUUUGAGAUUGGCACUCAUGCUAUUCAUUUUUUAUUAAGAAGUACAAUGAAAUUUAAUGUACUCCAUUUUUGACACCAAUGUAAUGACCAGAUUAAACUAGAUUUUCAAAAAUAAUCAGAGGCCCUGCCCCGCAAACUCCUCCUGGGCCCGGGGAGAUGUGGGUCCAGUUAGUGGCAACUCUAUCUUGGGUGCUGAUCCACCAUGCUGACUUCAGACCAGCGCCAGUCUCCUGAGCGCCUCCCAAUUCCUAUGUGAUUUCCUGUCCCUAGUGUGUGAACAUGUCAGCCUUGAUGUGAUUACACAGAUUAUGGGCCAUGACACACCUACCACUCUGCCUGUUCUGAAGGGCUGCCUUUAAUUGUCUUGCAAAGAGCACUUACACCUCUUCCCUAGGGCACAGAAGCCCUGGGUCUGGGGUGACAGGUACAGAGACCUACCUAUCCUCCAGCCACCCAAGACCAUGCUUCUGUCUGUAAAUUCCCCCAAUAAAACACCCUUUACUAACAAAUGUGAUUGAUCUGGCUUAUUCCUUGGUUUCUCGGCUCCUUCGGCAUUUGGGGGCCGUGUUGCAUAUGCGGCCCUUUCCUGGAACAGGAGACAAUGCUCUACGUCACGUUCCAGGACAAAUGACCUGGCAGAGCAUAGCAGAUGAUAUCAGGGGGCUUCUGAGCAGGACCUCAUUCUCCACAGCUCUCCUUCACAGUGACAGGAGUCAUGCGGGAUGGAUGGCCUUGCCCGGGGCACUUUUCACUCUGCUCACGCCUUACACUCUUCCUUUAUUCUGUUAACGCUCAUCGGCUAAAAUAGCAGUUUAUGUAUAACUAAUUCUUUUAGCAUCUGUUGAGCACUACGCUAUGCCUAAGGAGAGAAAGACUGAUAACUGAUGGUAACUGAUCAUCCAACCGGUUCACAUUCAGGUGGGAGACAAACAUUUAGAUGAAUGAGUCUGAAACCUGCUACACUGGGAGCUUUUUACAAAAGCUUGGAUCCCACUCCAAACCAACUGAGUCAAAGUCUCUGGGAGAAACACUGCCUGGGGAAGUAGUAUUUUAUUAGUAGUAUUAUUUGAGACAGUCUCACUCUGUCACCCAGGCUGCAGUGCAGUGGCAUGAUCAGAA